GGUUGCUUUCUAAUGGAAAUUGGAUGUCCUUGAGCUCCAUGCCCAAGAAAUGGCAGUUCUGGUGAAGUCAGGAUCUCUAGUAACAGCGGACUGGCUCAACUCUGUGGAUGGCCAGGAAUAUCUAGCCAGCAUCUUGCGCAAAAACAAGAGAAAAGUAUUUGGAUUACUUGAGCGACCAGUGCUCCCUCCACAGAUUGCACCUGACAUUGCUAGUUACAAGAUCUUUCUGUCUGGGAAGAGUGGAGUAGGAAAAACCGCAGCAAUAGCUAAGUUUGCUGGUUUGGAAAUCUCCAGUGUACAUCAUGAGACCACAGGAAUUCAGACAAGGACAGUUUAUUGGCCAGCAAAGCUGGUGGAGAGUGGUCGAGUGAUCAUGUUUCGCUUUCAGUUCUGGGACUGCGGUGAGGCCUCACUGAAGAAAUUUGACCACAUUCUUGCAGCCUGCAAGGACAAAGCUGAUGCCAUCUUGUUCCUUUUCUCCUUCACUGAUCGGUCAUCAUUCAACGAUUUGCCUAGUCAAAUGUCACGGAUCGUGGAUGAUUCUGAGAAGAUUGUUAAAAUUGUGAUUGGCACCAAGUAUCCUUAA